AUGGUUGUCUCUGUUGAUAAUGAUGACAUGUUGGAAGAUUCAGAAAAUGAAAAUCAUAAUUUCUCCCUGACCACAAGUACUCAAUCAAUAGCAUCACAUUUAACUCAACAUCAUCAAGUUAAUGAAAAUACUAGUCCGGAUACAAUUACUACAUGUUUUGGGUCAGCUAAAAAUUCACACCCUACAAUAAAAGCACUAUUUGAAAAUAAUGACAAGCAACCUUAUAAUAAAAAAAAGCAAGAAGAUUUAACUCCAAAAUUCAAAGUGCCAGCUAUAUCUACAGUAAAGCAAUUAAUUUUCAAAGGGUAUCAAGUUGGUCGUAAUAAAUUGCAAGAACUUUUGGAAAACUCAGCUGAUUCAAUAAGUUUCACCACUGAUGAGUGGACUUCAAUGCAUAAACCUUAUAUCGGAAUAACAAUACAUUGGGUUUCAGAAGAUUUUGAACUGAAUCAGUUGCUCCUAACUUUAGAAGAAUUGCCAUAUCCACACACAGCAAAUGAUAUUGUAAAUAAAUUGGAAGCAAUUUUUGAUGAAUAUAAAAUUCAAAAUAAAAUCAUCGCUGGUGUAAGUGAUAAUUCAGCUAAUGUUGUAGCAGCAAUGAAACAUUUUGGAAAUAUUGAACAUGUUAGAUGUGCUGCACAUACCAUUCAAAUAUCUGUAGAAAAAGGGUUUAAAUCAAUUGAGACUUUCAUUAAAAAAGUAAGGAGAUUAAAUAAGUUUGCAGUCAAUAGAGAUAAAUAUAGAGAAAAACUACGAGAAAUACAACAAAAUAUAUGUAAGUUAUCUAAAGUAAUUGAUUUAAUAGAUGGAUACAAUGUUGAUGCUAGUUUGGAAUUUAUUGAUUUGGAUAAUCAAAUUAAAAUCCUUGAACCAAUUAAAGAUGUUCCAACAUGUUGGAACUCCACUUAUGAGGGUGCAUCUGAAUAUGGUAAAAAAUUAAAUGAAUUAUUAUUAAAUGAAAACGAAUGGUUAUCUUUAAAAGAAUUGUUAAAAUUAUUGAAAAAAUUUGCAGAAGCAACUGAACUGCUUGGUGGCAAUAAAUAUCCAACUUUAUCACUUACUUAUCCAGUAAUCAUAAACUAUUUAAACAUCUAG